AUGAGGUGGUACGGUGAACAUAUUUCUAUUGCUGUAUGUCCACGGCUAACUUUUCUUUCAUUACUAUUGUUGGUUUUCUUUUGUUGGAUUUCAAAACGAACUAUUGCUAUGAGAUUGAAUCCGGAACGAAUUGCCGCACGUUUGCAAAUCGAAAGAGAGAUGGAAAUGGAUAAGCUAGUGAAAAUGGGAAGAAACAGACGUCAGUUGGCAACGCCAAAAGAAAUUUCUAUUUCUAUUACUGCUCCGCUUUUCUCCAGCCGAUUAUUUGACUAUGGACCAGAUGUUGGUGAUCAAGAGUUACCGAGAAAUUUAGAUGUCGCCGAAAAGAUCAACCUGAUUUAUCCAUUGCGAUUUUAUGGUGUUGACACAUCAACGAUAUAUAUAUUGAGUAAUGGCGGUAUUGGUAUCGAGUCGAAUACACGAACCUAUCAGCAAAAUGUAUUACCAAGUAAUUUAAAACUAAUAGCACCAUUUUGGAAUCGAAAUGACUUACGAAACGGUGGAAGUGUUUAUUUUAGAGAAGUGGCAGCGGGACGUGUUCUGGAACGUGGACAAAGUGAAAUCCGGUACCAAUACGAUGAAGUGGUAAAGGUGAAGGCGUGCUUACUAGUUACGUGGGAUAAAAUGCAACCCGUCGGCGCUGCGCCUUUACCCGAUGAUAAUACGAACACUUUCCAAAUAGCACUGUUUAUUACUGAUAAUGGCACAUUUGCUAAUUUUAUUUACAAAAAUAUCGGUUGGACACAAGGAGCUGAGGCAGGUUUCAACAAAGGUGACAGGAAAGAAUUUUUCGCACUUCCUACUUCCGGCACCGGUAAUAUCAUGUAUCUGGAAGAAUACGGCAAUACAGGAAUCCCUGGUGAAUGGAUGUUUAAGCUUGGUGACAAAAGUGUGGAACGAUGCAAAUCUGGGAUAAAAGGAGAUACUUGCGACGAGGAAUGCUCAGCUGGUGAGUGGGGACCUGAUUGUGCAUUGUGCUGUCACUGUGCAAGCGGUACGUGCAGUGCAACCAUCGGUGAAUGCAUUGGUGGCAAAUGUUCCGAUUGCUGGACAGGUCUACCAACCUGCCAAGAAAAGAGAGAAGAAUGCGAAGCGCUGAUGCAAGAACAUUGCGCUCAUAACGCCAUGUCAUUUACGGACUACGACCGUUGCGGUGAACCGAUCCAACGGUGUCAGUGCUUGAAAGGCUUUGAAGGUGACGGAUAUUCCGCAUGUGAUGAUAUCGAUGAGUGCUUGCAGCCAGGUGUAUGUCACGAAAAUGCAAUUUGUGGGAACACUCCAGGACACUAUUUCUGCACAUGUGCGGAUGGAUUUAUUGGUGACGGAGUGAGUGAAUGCAUAAGUUCGUUGCUGUAUUCAUACCGCGGUCAUCAAGAGCUGCCGAAAGAUCGGAAUGCAAGAGUGGUGCUGCAACUCAAGCAACCACUACAAAUAUUCGGCAAGAAAUUGGACAAAUUAACGAUUUCGACAUUAGGAAUAAUAUCUGUGGAAGACAGCUCAAAAGUUAACGCAGGUGAUCACCUCGCUUCUUCCGGAAUACAUGGCAUAGCACCGUUCUUUGCUAAUAUUGACAUCCGGAAAGGUGGUCAAAUAUUUGUGGACGAGACAGAUGAUCCAAAAGUACUUUCAAGAGCCACGAAAACAAUUGCAAGCAGUAUAAAUGACAAGAAAUUCCAGGCUAAGACUGCUGUAUUGGUCACUUAUAUCAAUGUUACUGAUGCUGACCGAACGGGUCCAGGGAGUACAUUUCAAACAUUAAUUAUUGGCGGAACAAAUAAACAACAUCGAAAUGAAACAUAUGCGCAAAUGCUGUAUAAGGAUUUACCUUGGGGCGAUGGAGCUGAGGCUAGCAUUUUAACGUACGGUUCAAAGAAUCCAUUAAUGCUACCUGGAUCUGGUACCAAUGAAAUAGUGCAUUUGAGUAGGAGUAGCAAUAUUGGAAAACCAGGUCAGUGGUUGUAUCGAAUUGAUUCCAACGACGUACAAAUGUGUCUUCAGCCAAAUCUUCAACCUCCAUAUUGUGAGCAGUAUGAGGUCACGGAUGAUUCGAUAUCCGUCACAUCGCCAACAUUAGAAGAGAUAGAAAUAUCGGAACAAGUGCAUCGUUCCUCAAUUUCUGAAGUGGAUGAACCGACCGAUGAACUUGUCGAGAUUCCCGGACCUCAGAUAAUCCAUCCAGUACUCAUCGACCCGCCAACUUCAUCUCAUAUUCAACCGGUAGUAGAAACGAAACCCAGCGAUCACAGUUCCGGAAAUGCAAAGGACGGAGGGUGGACGAGAAGUCCAGUGACACCACACAUACCGCUGAUCUCGUUGGACCGCCAGGACAUCGAGGAUUUGCCCCCGGACGCGUUCGAGGUCACAUUCCCGCCUUUUGUCACCGUGGUACCGCGACUGUUCACUACUGGUGACAUAGAAACUGGAUUGCUGUCGACUCAUCCAGUAGGGGAUGGAAUGCAAGACAGACAACCAGAAUUUCUUGCGACAACAUCAACGAUAUUGGCAACUGAUCCUGUUGUUGAUGACAGUCGUUCUGAAGUACUUCCAGAAGUUUCUGAACUACCUCCGAUAUCGUCAACACGAUCUGUGGAAGAUGUUAGACCUGUACAGAAAGUUAAACCGGGAGAAAUUGAUUUUGAUAAUGAUGAACAAAUUAUUAAUCUCUUCCGACCUGACGACGAUUCCUUUGAUAACAGGCUUGAACCGAAUAAAGAGAAUGAAGCUUCUGAGGUGUCAAUGUCAACAGAUUCGCCGGUACAAACCUUGGUGCAAGAAGAUGAAAGGGAUUAUAUGACGUUAAGUACUACCAGUAAACCACUGUUCAUUUUCACCACACUACCAAAGAAACGGCCUAUGCCGACGAAACCAAAGUCAGUAGCAGCACACGGUACAUCUUUUACAACAGCGCACGGUCCGUUCGAUGUUCGAAACGAAGUGAAGGUGGAAGCAUCCAGCAGCAAUCUCGCUGUUAUUAUUCCGACGGCAAUCAUUGCAGUAUGGUUAUUGUUACUCGCAGUUAUUGCAUUGUUCUGCUGUUGCCGCAGGAAGCGAGCGGAACGUCACUUCAGGGACAUAUAUUUCCCGAAUCAUCAGCAGAUUCAUCCUAUUACGACAACAUUUGCGAUGCGAAAGGAUUCGAAGAAUUUCGAUGGUUCCUACGAAGAUCAUCUCGAAAAAGCAGCACGACUCAGCUCCGAACUGAAUUCCUACAAUCAGAAUGGUCGUGUUUCGUUAUACGGUUCGUAUUGGAACUUAGCAGGCAAUGCUUCCAGUAGUUCGACAAGCGGUUUGCCUGUUGGCAAUAGGCAAAGCCCAUUCUCACAGUACAGUACACAGCAGCGAUAUAUUUACGGUUCUCGAUACUGA